AUGCCACAUCUUCUUCUUUUCCGGGCUCAGACGGGUGAAUCGUCUUCUUCCCUCAACAAUCAUACGAUACACCCGCAACAGAAGCCAAUUCAUCCGCAAACCACUCAUGAGAGCUUGAAGAAUGAGAGCCUUAUUUCGAGAUUCGCAACAAUGAGAUCAACAACAAGCUACCCUUUCUAUGAUAUGUAUGGAUUCCAGAAAAAGGAUGGCAUUGAUCCGGGAAGCUCCAUUUUCUAUGUAUCGCUAGGCUUCUCGGAUCGUGGCUUCUCUUACAUACUGAACUGCUGGUUAAAUCAAAAGAAUGAGCUCCUUCAGUCCCUCUCUUGGGACUUAUUCCAUGUCAACCAAGCACAUUCAUUUCAGUCAGUGUUCUCGGUUCAGUGUUUGAUAUCAGUGCCAGUCUUUGUUCGAGAAAAGGAACGAGGUCAAUCAGGCAUCCUUGCUCCUCACGGGGAUGUCACAGCCAAGAUACCUCUCUUUACUUUACAAGGGCUCACUUCCUUGUGUUUUGAAGAAGAGAAGACUUCGAUGCCGAGGUCUUUCUGGGAGGAGGUGGAAAAUAGAACGAGAAUGAGUUCCUCUCCUUCUGGCCUUCCUUGUUUUGGGAUGGGAUUUCUCCUUUCUCGCUCAAGCGACCGGUGUACUCGCUUGAGCGACGAAGCCUUCAAACAAAGGGGACUCUCGGGUCGUUGUUUCGCUCAGCGAGUACACGGUCGCUUGAGCGAGAAAGGACUUUCAACGUCGGUUAGUUCAAUAACCGACGUAGAAUUUACUCAUUUCUACGUCGGACAUUGA